AUUCUUCUCUUAUUCUUUGCGUCUCUUGUUUGUUAUUAGCCACGAGUAAUACUAUGCUGCUGCUUCAAUCCUCUCAAAUUGCUGACCACGGCGGUGGUGGUCGCCGUCCUCCUCUAAAUCAAUCAACUAGCUGACAGAGAAUGGAGGGAUCCUCAUCCUCGCCGUCUUCCGCUAUCUUCUACGAUUUUCUCGACCGAAUGCGAAACCCCGCUUCCCUCGAUCUCGUCCGAUCCAUUAAGAGCUUCAUUGUUUCGUUUUCGUUUUACCCUGCAAACCCUGAAAAUGACGGCAAACGGGUUCAAGAAUUCUUCGCCACAAUGGAGGAUUCAAUUAGGGAUCAUCCCUUGUGGUCAGGUGCCACUGAGGACGAAGUGCAAAGUGCAAUGGAGGGUUUGGAGAAGUAUGUCAUGACCAAAUUGUUCUCCAGGACCUUUUCUUCUUGUCCGGAGGAUGCCAAGACUGACCUUGAAGUCUCGCACAAAAUACAAUUGUUGCAGACUUUCCUGAAGCCCGAGCAUCUGGAUAUUCCACCAGUUCUACGCAAUGAAGCUUCAUGGCUGCUUGCAGAAAAAGAGUUGCAGAAAAUCAAUGCUUUCAAAGCCCCCCGUGAGAAGCUUCUCUGUAUCAUGAAUUGUUGCAAGGUCAUUAACAAUUUGUUGCUCAAUGCAUCAAUGUCAGAAAAACAUGUACUAGCCGGAGCUGAUGACUUCCUUCCUGUCCUUAUAUACGUUAUGAUCAAGGCCAAUCCUCCGCAAUUACAUUCCAACCUCAAGUUUAUCCAGUUAUAUCGAAGGCAGGCAAAACUUGUGUCAGAAGCGGCCUAUUACCUCACCAAUCUUGUCUCAGCUAAAACAUUUAUUUCUGAGUUAAAUGCAAAAUCUCUUUCUAUUGAUGAAAUUGAAUUUGAAGAGAGUAUGCAAGCAGCGAGACUGACCAAUAAAGAGACAGAAAAGGAGGCCGCACCCAGUCUGGAAGAAAUGACAACCUCCCAAGAUCAUGAAGAUCCUGGCCCUUCAUUGCGAUACCAUGAUAAAGAAACAAGGGGUAGGUCAAACUACCCUUAUAUGGACAAAGAAGCUGGGGAUUUGACAGUCGGAGAUGUGGAGAGAUUGCUGACUGUGUACAAGGAAGUUGUUACCAAGUAUACUAGCUUGUGCACCGCUUUUAGGCAGCUUUCAUUUUCUAGGAUAGAAAACAAUGUCACUAGUUUAGAAGACAGAAAGGUCUCAUUCACAGAGUCUAAGGAAUCAGGUUUGAAUUCAUCUCAAGGAGAUGGAGAGUGAAUAGGUAGAUAUGUAAUUUU